AUGUACAGUGAAUCGUUCUUCAACUGCGACCUGGUCGACCAACCCGUCGAUUUCCACGGCGGCGCAUCGGCCUUCAUCGACGACUACUUUCGUUGGCGGGUCGGCUGGUCCGCCGAAGAGAACUUGGCUAAAAUCCAAUCCGAAGACAUACCGCGGAUUGAAGCAUGGGCCCAGAAGACUGGGUCCAGCUUCGCAGCAGAGAAGACCGAGCUUAUCCACAUCACCAGAAAGAGAAGUGAACAGUGCCAAGGCCAGAUCCUCAUGAACGGCAAUACCAUUACACCGUCGACAACCGCCAAACUCCUAGGCGUGAUCUUUGACCACGAACUACGAUGGAAAGAACACGUGCAGCAGGUGGUCAAGCGAGCCACCAAGGUCAACAUAGCACUUGGGGGGCUGCGACAGCUCCGCCCAGAGCAGAUGCGCCAGCUAUAUGAGGCGUGUGUCGUACCGGUCAUUGACUACGCGUCAACGGUCUGGCACGAUCCACUCCGAGAUAAGACCCAUCUGCGACAGCUACGCACCGUUCAACGAACAGCACUCAUCCGAGUUCUCUCUGCCUUUCGGACAGUGGCCACAUCCACACUCGAAGUUGAAGCGCAUGUCCUCCCAACCCAUCUUCGUCUCUGCCACCACGGACAAAACACCAUCACCAGACUCCACACCCUACCACAGAAACACCCUAUAUGGGAUACCUUGCUUCGGGCCCAACGGCGACGAAAUAACGUUCGGACGCGUGCCCGGUUCCCGCUCGCAGAGACCUUGAAAACAAUGAGCCCAGAGAGACUUCAUGAACUAGAAAUGAUCGACCCCACUCCACUGCCACCGUGGCGGACAGAACCCUUUUCGAAGAUCGAGAUUGAACCAGAUAGGGAGAUUGCGAUGGAACGGGCGGAGCAAGCACGGUCCAACUCGGACAUUGUCAUAUACUCCGAUACAUCAGGACGCCAAGGUCACCUAGGCGCUGCGGCCGUGGCGCUCGACGACUCGCUAGAAACGACUGAGAAAAUACAGAUACAGGUCGGACCCAUGGAAGGAUGGUCUGUGCAUGCCGCCGAACUGAUCGGAAUCCUGUACGCCAUCAACAUCAUCAACAAGAUCGCUCUCCAACGCCGGAGAUCAACCGAUGCGCGGGUGAGAUCUACCACCAUCCUCAGCGACAGCAUGUCGGCUAUACAAGCAAUCCAAAACCCAGGGAACAAAUCGGGGCAACAAAUCAUCCACGCUAUUCUACGGGCAGCUGCAAACACCAAGACCCACGGCAUCGCGGUCCGACUACAGUGGAUGCCUGGACAUUGCGAAGCACCUGGAAACGACACCGCAGACCAACUGGCCAAAGAGGCAGCCACACCUGGCAAAACCCACCCAUUUUCCCCCUUGCUAUCACGCGAGAGGGCCCACAUUAGGAAAGGAAUCCACACCCAAUGGGAGAGGGAAUGGAAGGAGUGUAGGAAUGGCGGCCACCUUCGAGUGAUUGACAACGCAUUGCCGGCCAAAUACACGAGGCGGCUCUACGGAUCUCUGCCAAGGAAUCGAGCGUACCUACUCACGCAAUUGCGAACGGGACACUGCUGGUUAUCAACAUAUGCGAAGGCUUUCCGCUUCCGCGAUGACGACCUGUGCGUCUGCGGCGAACGGGAAAGCCUGAUACAUGUUCUGCUAGACUGUCCUGCACUCAGAGAUCUGCGCCGAGAGCUCCGGGGAAAGAUUGGCGACGCGUUCAAUAGCAUGUCAACACUUCUAGGAGGAUCUGGAGAAAGGGGGAGAGGUAGGCCUGAUAAUGCUUCACGUGCCAAGACGGUGGAGGCUGUCUUGGACUUCGCGGAGGCUUUCGCAUCGGAGAAAACCGAGCUCAUCCACCUCACCAGGAAGAAGGGAGAGCACUCAGUCGGGAAGGUCACCUUCAAUGGAACCGACAUCAAACCAUCGCCGACAGCCAAGUUGUUGGGAGUGGUGUUCGAUCACGGUCUCCGCUGGAAAGAACACAUCCAGCAGGCCAUCAAACGCGCCACCAAGACAGCCAUCGCCCUGAACGGGCUCCGGCACCUGCGGCCGGAACAAAUGCGACAGCUCUACCAAGCAUGCGUUACACCCACUCUAGACUACGCAUCAACGGUCUGGCAUGACCCACUCCGGGACAAAACACAUCUCCGCCACUUGAACACUGUCCAGAGAACCGUAUUGAUCCGAGUCCUAUCGGCGUUUCGAACAGUAGCGACAGCAACGCUGGAAGUGGAGGCCCAUGUCGUCCCCACGCACCUCCGUCUCCGACACCGAGCGCAAUGCACCAUAGCGAGAUUACACACACUACCACGCGACCAUCCAAUCUGGAACGCACUGUCACGCGCCCAGAAUCGUAGAAAUAACGUGGGAUCGUACGCGCGCUUCCCCUUAGCAGAGGCGAUGAAGACCAUGGACGUCGACAGGCUCAACGAGCUAGAGACGAUCGACCCACGCCCACUGCCACCCUGGCGAACGAAGGCUUUCCUUGAAAUCGAACUCGAGCUCGAUCGAGAGACAGCGAGAGAAAGAGCAGAGUCCACGAGGGAGACAUCCGAGGUCGUUGUUUACUCGGAUGCGUCUGGGCGCAAGGGCCACCUGGGAGCGGCUAUUGUCACGCUCAAUGGUGACAAAGAGGUAUUGGAAUCUCGCCAGGUACAGGUGGGCCCGAUGGACCGCUGGUCGGUUCACGUGGCAGAGCUCAUUGGCAUAUUCUACGCGGUGGACAUGGUGUUCAUGCUGGUCCAUCAACGUACCGACCGGGAGCACGGACCUGUGUCAACAGCAACAAUCCUAUGCGACAGCAGAUCAGCCCUACAAGCAAUCGAGAACCCACGUAACCGAUCCGGACAACGCAUCGUCCACGCAAUCACACAGGCGGCCUCCGAGGUCCAGGCAGCGAACGUCAAGCUCCGCCUCCAAUGGGUGCCAGGACAUUGCGAGAACGUCGGAAACGACGCAGCGGAUCGCUUGGCGAAGGAAGCAGCACAGCCUGGUAAAACCCAUCCUUUUCGACUGCUACUGUCGAGAGAGACCGCAUUGGUCCGCAGCAAAACCCACGCCCAAUGGGAGCAAGAGUGGAAAACAAGCAUCAAGGGUGCCCAUCUCCGGCAGAUAGACAGCGGCUUACCGGCGCGGCACACGAGAAAGCUCUACGGCAACUUGCCAAGGAGUCGCGCCUAUCUGCUGACGCAGCUACGCACGGGCCACAACUGGUUAUCUACCUACGCAAAGAAGUUCGGCUUCCGCGAUGACGACCUAUGCGAAUGUGGAACACGGGAGACAGUUGCCCACGUAUUAUUGGAAUGCCUCAGACUACGAGAGCUGAGGAUAGAAUUGAGGAGGAAAAUUGGAGGCACGCUGAGCGGCGUGUCGAGCCUGCUGGGAGGCUCCACCGAAGGUGACAAAGGUAAACCAGACACCGUCUCGAGGGCGAAGACUGUUCAGGCCGUUUUGGACUUUGCCGAGGCAUCACAGCGGUUUCGCAGUCGUGCGCCAUGA